UCUUCAAUAACCGUAUUCAAAAUCCUAUCCUCUCAUAUAAAUUCGCUUUAUUCAUCACCAUCUUCAGAGUCACAUAUUGAACUUUCAAUCCAAUAACAAUAACAAAAACAAACCUUUAAAUCUUUAUUUCCUGCAGUUUUACCUUUAAUUUUUUCCCCUACUUCGACUUCGAUUAGAAAGAUAUUUCAACUCCCACAAUAAUAAAUAAGACAUAGCUCCCGAACUCUCAAAUCACCUCAGCCACAAUAUCUACACGACCAAAACCAAGCACUAGCGUCCCAAAACAAACGCUCCAACAGAACGACCAACCACAAAAAAUGUGCAAUACAACUCACACGCAUUACGCCUGUUUCUGCAUCGCUCUAGUCGUUCAUUCCUGCGCUUACAACUAUCCGCACGGUCGUCUCGUUUGUCCUCCACCAUAUUUAAAAAAGAAACAUAUAUAUGUCUAUGCAGAUUGUGAUGAUUGUUUGAUAGCGGCUGAGGAGAGGAAUGUUAAUUUUGCGAAGAAGGCUAGUAGAGCAUGGAUGAGGACGGGUGAGCGGGAAAUGAAUAAUGGUGAGGAGAGAGAGGGUGAAAAUGGAGACGGAAAUGAGGAUGAGGAGGGGGAGAGCGUGGAGGAGGUACGUUUGGAGUGUGAGGAAGGCGGAGAUGAGGCUGGGGAGGGAGAGAUUUAUGAUAUGGACAGGGAAACACGAUACAACGUGACGAAAACGAGAAAGAAGCACCAACAUUCAAAAACAAACGAGGACAAAAACUCAGACGAAGACGCACAACUAUCAGCCGCACAACUAGCCGGAUGCCAAUUCGAAAUCGAAGAAUCCGAGAACUCUCCCGACGAAAACGAUGAUAUGGCAGCAGCAGCACAGUUACUAUCAGCACUUCGUCAAGAACUUGGAGAUACUGAUAUGAUUAUCCAAAGCGGAGAUGUAGAAAAUGAAAAUGAAGGUGGGGGUGAGGAUGAGGAUGAGGAUGAGGAUGGGGAUAAGGAUAAAGAGUACAAAGAAUAUAAGGAGCAUGUACAGACGAUUCUGGAGAAUUUGGGGAAGCUGAGGGAUGAGAGGAAUACGCACAUGAAGUAGUCCGUUGAUGAUGGAUAUUGAGUAGGAAGGAAACGCUUGGUUAGAAGUUUUGAGCAAGAUGGCUGGUCAAGUUUGAGUGCUGAUAAGCGGUGUGAUUUUGAUUUGUCGUUGAAAUUGGAUUGUAGUUGGUGUAUUUAAGUUCAUGCACUUGCAUGGAAAACAA